GUCGACCUACCUUAAAUAGACUAGUAAACGAACGCUUGAGACGCGCCAACUUCGUGGUCAUGAACGCGCGUUUAUGCGCUUUCUCAGUAGCGCAAGACAGAACAGAAGACCGUCACCAUCAAACUGAGGCUGUGGUUCUCAUAAUAAACUCAAAACAACAUAAUAUUCCCGGAAAAGCAGGCACAUACGAAGGCGACCUGCCUCCGUAUUGACGCCACUGUUUUGAGUCACAUGCGUAGGCACGGGUCUGGCGAUUGGCUACGGCUGCCGUGACGUACAGCCGCCGGCGCCUCCUAUUGGCUGUCGCCCCGCCACGCGCUUCCAAGCCUCAAGCUUUAUAUUCACCGCCUGAGGCGAAGGACGCGCCAGUACGAGAAAAAGCGCGACUGAGACUCAACAUAUAACGAUUUGCGACCUGUUUUCGCUGGAGUGUGCAUCGAGAGCGGACCGAAGAUGAAGGCAAUCGCACUUGCUCUAGUUUUCGUCUUUGCGGUGAUCGCCGCGACCAACGCCUUCCCGAGGACAUCUUCUGAUACAGAAUUGGUUUUUGUGCCUCUUGAAUCGAGGGCUGGUGUAACGGAGAGUGUGGAAGAUGUUGAUGACUCUAGUGAUGAUGAUGAUGAUUUCAUCUUCCCAUUUGGAGGCUUCUUUGGAUUCUCCAGCUUCAUGCAAGAUUUCAUGAGGAGAAUCACUGAUGUUCUGAAGGGCCUUCCAGACGGAGCAUUCAAUUUUGGCAAGGAGGGUAACACCACAUCAACCACUAAGGUUGUCGGAGGUCACGUCAUUACUGUCAACGAGACUGUUUACAAAAAUGAUGAUGACACAGGAGUCUACAAAAUUCAGGUGAUUGAAGUAAAGCCAACAGAAGGGGCUAUUGAUUCAGAGCAGAACCCAACUGAAACAUCUGAUUCUGCCUCACCUGAGCAAGUCAGUGAAAAUGACAAUGAAAUUCCUAAGGGAAAGGUGGGUUCUGAUGGUGAUGAACUUACAGCUUGAAGUUAAGCAGUUGCAAGUGUGCCUGCAUGAAAGACUGAUGAUACCUUGUGCGAUUUAAAAGCUGCUUGCAUAGAAUUUUCACAUCAAAACAUCUUCAGACCUGUCCUGUAUAAAAUAGCAGCUUAAUAACUUACACACACUACUCACAUUUUCACCUUUGAACAAAAAUGUUAUUGAAAGAAACCAAAUGAGCCUUGUAUACUGCAAAUUUUUAUUCCAUAAUUUUAAAAGCAGUCUCACGUACUGGUAUAUGUACAUAAUUUAUGUGUAGUAUUAUAUAAAAAGUGCAUUUUGCUGUAUAUAAAUUGCAACAGUAAAACUCUGCUGUACUUGACAAUAGUGAAUCUCCAUGAGGCAGUAUUAUAAAUUGGAAUUAGCUGAUUCAGUAUUGUAGGCUUGUGCAAAAAUCUGUAACCGUAGGUUGUUAUUUUUUCAAAGUGUAUUAAUUUUGUAACAGUAUGUAAUGUAUUACACAAUGCUUGUGCAUGUAAAACAAAUAUAAGCACAAUUACAUGACUGAAA